GGCCGCGGCGCGUCCCCGCCAUGGCCGCCCGGGCCCCCCGCUUCCCUCCGGCCCCUCCCGCCGCCCGCCGCUCCCCGCCGUCCCCCGCCGCCCUCCUGCUCCUCCUGCUCCUGCUCCUGGCCGGGCCGCUCGGCGGGGCCCGCGCUUUGACAUGUCUGUGCUCUGACUGCAAACAAGCCAACUCCACGUGUGAGACGGACGGUGCCUGCAUGGUCUCAGUCUUCAACCUGGAUGGUGUCAAACACCACGUUCGGACCUGCAUUCCUGAGGCAAAAUUGAUUCCUGCUGGGAAACCCUUCUAUUGUCUGAGUUCAGAGGAUCUGCGUAAUACUCACUGCUGCUACUCCGAUUUUUGCAACAAAAUUGAUUUAAUGGUUCCCAGCGGACACCUGAAAGACAAUGAGCCCCCGUCAAGCUGGGGUCCCGUGGAGCUGGUGGCGGUGAUCGCCGGGCCCGUCUUCCUCGUGUUUGUCGUCAUGAUCAUCGUGGUCUUUGUGUUCCAUCACCACCAACGGGUCUAUCACAACCGCCAGCGGCUGGACAUGGAGGAUCCUUCUUGUGAAAUGUGCCUUUCCAAGGACAAGACCUUGCAAGAUCUGGUCUAUGAUCUCUCCACCUCCGGCUCUGGCUCAGGCUUGCCUCUGUUUGUCCAGCGGACCGUGGCUCGGACAAUUGUCCUUCAGGAGAUCAUCGGCAAAGGCCGCUUUGGGGAGGUGUGGCGGGGCAGGUGGCGUGGAGGUGACGUGGCUGUGAAGAUCUUCUCGUCGCGUGAGGAGCGUUCCUGGUUCAGGGAGGCAGAGAUCUAUCAAACCGUGAUGCUGCGGCACGAGAACAUCCUGGGAUUCAUUGCUGCAGAUAACAAAGAUAAUGGGACGUGGACUCAGCUGUGGCUCGUCUCUGACUACCACGAGCACGGGUCUCUCUUUGACUACCUGAAUCGCUACACGGUGACUAUCGAGGGCAUGAUCAAGCUCGCCCUGUCUGCUGCCAGCGGGCUGGCCCACCUGCAUAUGGAGAUCGUGGGCACUCAGGGAAAACCUGGGAUCGCUCACAGAGACCUGAAAUCCAAGAAUAUUUUGGUGAAGAAGAACGGCACGUGUGCCAUCGCUGACCUCGGCCUGGCCGUCCGGCACGACUCCGUCACGGACACGAUCGACAUCGCACCGAACCAGAGGGUUGGAACCAAACGAUACAUGGCCCCAGAGGUCUUGGAUGAAACCAUCAACAUGAAGCAUUUUGAUUCAUUUAAAUGUGCUGAUAUCUACGCCUUGGGCUUGGUCUACUGGGAGAUUGCCCGAAGGUGCAACGCAGGAGGCAUCCAUGAGGAGUAUCAGCUUCCCUACUACGACCUUGUACCCUCUGAUCCUUCGAUUGAGGAGAUGCGGAAGGUUGUGUGUGACCAGAAAUUACGGCCAAACAUCCCAAACUGGUGGCAGAGCUACGAGGCACUACGGGUGAUGGGCAAGAUGAUGCGAGAGUGCUGGUACGCCAACGGAGCUGCUCGGCUCACUGCCCUCCGCAUUAAGAAAACCCUCUCCCAGCUCAGUGUCCAGGAAGAUGUGAAAAUUUAGGCUCUGAGCCUCAGCAGGAGGAAACUGCACAGGAGCUGCUGUGCUAGAGUAGAUAUGUGAUGGAGGCCUACCUCGUGUUUCAGCCCAACCUACUGCUACAACCAGACAGCGGGACCUGCAGGCUGCUAGGCAGGGGGACGGAGCCUACGGAACCGCUCUCUUCCCUGCUUGGGUAUGAAACAAUCCAAAACCUUUUGUGAUCACCUCCUGAGAGCGUGGACACUUGAGAGGGACUUCACCCGAGGGAUCUCAGCCAUGAUCGUAACUCUUUGUUCCUUUAAAGGAAAUCCCUGUAAAGUUCAGUGUGCGUUGAGCACCCAUUGGUGGGGUCGGAGCCAGCCCCGGGUGCUCGGUGCCGGGAGUGGGAAGGGAAAGGGAAGGUUUUCUUGCCGUACUCUCGAGGAUUUUUCCAGGGACUGGCACGUUAAUGCAGAAAAAGCAAAACAAAUGGUGCUCUCUUCCAAGAGGCUGAGCCGGAACAGUUGAUCAGCUUCACAAAACCGUUCUCCCUCCUUUUCUUAAGCUUGAAAAAGUCCAACUGAGCGUCCCGACGGCCGUCGGGGCGCGGCGGUGUCUGCAUGCGCGAGGUGCGCGUGUCCCUGUGCCUGGUCAUCUCCUCCAUAGCCGUGCGGUGUCUGCCUGUGGGUGGCUCAUCUCUGUCCGUGCUUCCUGUGCAUGUGCAAAUCUCGAGUGUCCCGUUCGUGAGCUGUCGCGCUGGUGCUCUCCGUGCUGAGUCGUGAGCGUCGUGGAGCUUGGACAGGCUGCUGCAGAGCGGAUCCCUGGCUCCCCGGUGGGCGGCCACAACGUCCCGUCAGGUUGCCUCACUGCCACCCCUUCCCUUUUUUUAAGACGAAACAAAUAAGGAACUGAGAAUCCCUCCUGGAAUCCAGGUUUUUUUGUCUUGAGCCCCUGGGGUUUGUAAUUCUGGGUAGCGGGGAGCUGAGUUGUGUCAGAGGUGGAGCAGGCGCUGUGGCCGGCACGUGGGGAAAUGCAGGACUCAGUUCUCCUGGGAACACAGUUCCCAGCUCCAACACCCAGGCAGAUUUCUGGGGGCCUGAUGAUGCAGUGCCACAGGCUGGGGACAGAGUGGCUGGACAGUGGCCAGGCAGAAAGGGACCUGGGGGUACUGGUUGGCACCUGACUGACUAUGAGCCAGCAGUGUGCCCUGGUGGCCAAGAAGGCCAAUGGCUCCUGGCCUGUGUCAGGAAUAGUGUGGCAAGCAGGAGCAGAGAGGUCAUCCUUCCCCUGCACUCAGCACUGGUUGGGCAGCACCUCGAGUGCUGUGUCCAGUUCUGGGCCCCUCGGUUUAGGAAGGACCUGGAGGGGCUGGAGCGUGUCCAGAGAAGGGCAAAGAGGCUGGUGAGGGGCUUGGAACACAAGUCCUGUGAGGAAUGACUGAGGGAGCUGGGGUUGUUUAGCCUGGGAAAAAAGGAGGCUCAGGGGCAACCUUCUCACUCUCUACAACUCCCUGAAAGGCAGUUGUAGCCAGGUGGGGGGUUGGUCUCUGCUCCCAGACAACCACUGACAGAACAAGAGGACACAGCCUUAGGCUGCCCCAGGGGAAGUCUAGGCUGGACGUCAGGAAAGAAUUCUUCACUGAAAGAGUGAUUGGGUGCUGGAAUCGUCUGCCCAGGGAGGUGCAGGAGUCACCGUCCCUGGACCUGUCUGAAAAAAGACUGGACGUGGCACUCAGUGCCAUGGUUUAGUUGAUGAGGAGGUGUUAGGUUAGGUCAUAGGUUGGACUUGAUGAUCUCAUGGGUCUUUUCCAACCUGGCUCAUUCUGUGAUUCUGUGAGCUGAGUUCUGGGGGUGCUCUGCACCUCCCAGAGGCGCUGGGCAGGAUCUGACAGCGGGUGUGGGUUGGGGAAUCAACAUCCAUCUUUUUAAUAUAGGUGUAUAAAUAUCUCCUAAUGUGGAAGUGGCUGUGUCUCAGUGUGGGGUGGGGGGAUCUGCAUGGGUUUUCUUUUGAUUCAAUGCUGAAUCCAGGUGAGGGAGAGGUGGGGUGACUACAGAGACUGUGGAAGUGAGAGGGCUGUGGCUGCCCUGAUGACUUUGGCAGUCAGGAGGAGCCGUGGUGUGGAGGUCAGGUCAGUGUCUGCAGUAGAGAACUCUGAAGCCAUAACUUUUAACUGGAGUGGUUUUGAUUAUUAUUUUUUUAAUUAUUAUUGUUAUUAUUAUUAUUAUUAUUGUUGUUGUUGUUUUCUGGGAGGGUCUGGAUUUUAACUUUUUUGAAUAUUGUUAAUUCUUUCUAAGAGCAGAAAAACAAUCUCUAAUUAUUACCUCUUGACCUGUUGGUUUGUAAAGAAAUCACUGAAAAAAAAAAAAAAAAAAAAGAGAAACAACCAAAUGCACAGCUCGAUUUACACUGGAACUGUUUCUACUCUGACCUUGCUCCUGCUCUCUAAGGUGAGGUUUCAUCUCUGCUCUGGCUGCCAGGGUUGUCUUUAUUUCAGUCCCUCUAUUCUUGCUGUCUGUGUCCCUGUCCGUGUGUCCCUCUCCCCGAUUCCCUGUGUGUCCGUGACCUUGUACAAAGUGAGGAGUGUGGUUUUGGAAUCACAUUAGGAGCCAUUUUGCAUCCCCCAAGGAGUUUUUGGCGGCGUGGAUCUGCCGUGGGAGCAGGGAUGGGGGUCCCCUGUCCCCUCCCAGCUUGUCCUGAGUCACAUCUCAGCCAGUUGCUCGUGUCCCUUAAACCUGCAUUUAGAGGGGGGCACUUGCAAGCCCUAAAUGCAGAUUUAACUCAGUUAAACCUGCUCUUAGAAGCCGAGGGGGGCACUUACAGGCCCUAAGGACUCCCAGGCCAUUGGAAGAGGCCCCGGGGCUGGGAGCUGGGGCAGGACAGAGGGGCCAUGGCACAGCUGUAGGCACUGCAGGCUCUCCCUUGGGUCUCCCAUCCCGGUCCCCACGGGUGCCGGCGGCUCCGGAACUCGCACUGAACUCGCCCCCUCCAACUGUAGCCACACUGCACCUGCCUCAAAAACCAAACCGGGGUCGGCAAGGGAUGAGGCAAGGGCACGUCCCUAGCAGCAGGAUUUUAGGGAAAGCCUUGUUUCAGGAGAGAUGGGGAAGGCGCAGCGGGAUCCGCGGCAGGAACGCUGACCAUGUAGCAUUUACACAGCACUUUCACGCAAACCGGUGCCCGGGGGCGCCAGUGCUUGCCGAGCCCACACGGAGCAGGUGGGAAUUGCUGCCUGCCUCCCAAAAGCUGCAGCAGCUCUGGGGAAAAGCAGCAUUCCAGGCAGUUCCGAGGGGAGCCCGGUGCAGGACAAGGAGGGGGGGUCCAUCAGCGGUACGUGGCUGCAGGACAGAACUCUUGGUACUUCUCUGCCCCUUUUGAUUUGUUUGGUUUUGUACAUUUUCUUAGCAAAGGACUGUAAGAAAAUAGCCACUUAGCCACUUUACCUCUUCAGUAUGCAAAUGUACAUAUGGUGUAAGAUAGGAAAUCUUUUGUUUAAUAUAAAACCAGGCUGUCGAUUUCUGCUGUACAUUAUUAAAAGUUUGUUUUAUUCA